ACGAACAGAACACAGCAGGGUAGUUUCGUCAUGUCUGAAAAGACGUCUCGGCGCCUAUAAAAAGGCAAGGCACUCCACCGGCAAUCUCAUAUUAACGCACGCGUAUCCAAUAAUCUUUUCAUCUUCACCGUUUCAUACGUAACUUCUUUACGACCUUCUCUCUCUCUCUCUCUUUCCUUUUCUCUCUUUCGUUUCUCCGGCGAAGUGUGCAGGAUGCUGAAGGAAAGACAGGUUUUGCCGGACUCAAGCAACAAGAACAGGAUGUCUCCCUACCCGCUACGCUCUUGUCGGAGCAAGAAACAGAAAGAAGAAGCCGAGUCACCUCUCGAGCCAGAGAGCGUGAGUGAAUGGGAGGACGUGAGGUGUGUGAUCUGCAUGGAGCCGCCGCACAAUGCUGUCCUGUUGCAGUGCUCUUCCUUCUCCAAAGGCUGCCGCGCUUACAUGUGCGACACGAGCGCGCGUCACUCCAACUGCUUCAAGCAGUACCGCAGAAACAAGAAGAACACGAGCCGCUCCAGCAGCAGUGGCAGCAAGACUCUGAGCUGUCCGUACUGCAGGGGAGAGGUUCACGGGACGGUGAAGUCGACUAGCGCGAGGAGGUUCAUGAACGCGAGGCCGAGGGGAUGUUCUAUGGACGAUUGCGAGUUCUCUGGGACUUAUUCUCAGCUGAAGACUCACUUGAAAGCUGAGCAUCCGGGUUUCACAGCUCCGAAGCUGGACGACCCUUGGGAGCACCGCAGCAUGUGGGAGGAAGUGGAAAGAGCGGAGUUCAUUGAGAUGAUCAACGCUCGUCAGAGAUGGGAAGCAGAGCAGAGGUUGUUGGCAGGCCAUCUCUACCAGCUUCCGCACCACCACCAUCACCAUCACCAUCACAUGAUUGAUCUCAACCUUGAUGCUUUCAUGCACGAUGUUUUCAUUGGUGUGAGGGGACAACAAGCGAGUGCUGCUGGUUACUCGCCCGCUCAGAUGUCCCAACUUGGGUUCCAUGGAGGAGCCAUGUAUCCGAGAUGGACUCCGUGAAGAUUCUCGUAGUGCCGAUUCAAAGUUUUGAUGUCUCUUGAUUCUUUUAUCCAAAAUGUAUUCUAAAGUGUUUAGGUUUUAUAGUGACAUCAGCUCUUGUUCUAGGCAUAAGUUUUUACUUCUUGUUUGUAUUUAUGCUUGUGUUAGUCAAGUAUUCGAUAAAAUUUAUCUAAAUAAAAAAAAACACAUUUUUUCA